AUGACUGAAAUACUUAAUCAAGUCAAAGAGAUCUUGGAUCCCUCUUAUGAAAAGCUUUUUAUUUCUACUGCUCUGUCAACAGAAAUAUUUACCAAGUUGGUCACAAAUACGGCUCCUCUUACAGUCUUAAUUCUUAUAAACAGCCAACAACUUGGACCUAAACUCGAACCUCAAGACUUUGAAUCGCUUACCUUAGAAGCUGCUCAAAAGGUUGUCAACUCCUCAGAUAUUUCGCAUGAAGUUGCGAGUAAAGUUCCUCCUACACUCCUACCUGACAAGACUUUAUUGCAAAAGCAAACCACCACAGGGUAUUACUUCAAGGACAUAGAACAUGCCACUCAACUGUUUAAAGUUUUCUGUGGCGCUUUACUCGGACUCUAUGCAAAUAAAAAAAAUGAAAUUCUUGACAUUCAACAUAAAUAUAUGUUGUUUUCAGACAAAUGUAUUGAGUCUAUAAUUGGAGACAUGAUUGAUGGGCUGGAACCUGAGAUUCCCAACGAAGAAAUUGAGAAAACUUUCACAGCAAACAUUAACCACCUUAAAGCAUACCCUAAUCUACUAAAACGUGCCAGUCUUUUUUUGCGCUAUUGUGGAGAUGCUGGGUUUUCUGAAGACCUAUUAAACAUCAUUGAUUCAUACCAUCCUGAAAACUUAAUGGAACCACCGCCAAGUCAUAAUGAUAAAGCAAAUGAAAAAAUAUAUGAACAGAUUUAUGAAUCAAUACCAGGUGACGAUUUUCAAAAAUUGGCACGCUCUACUAUGGGAACUAAAAAUGAAGAUGCUGCCAAUGCUCUUGAAACAAAUUUAAAAAAUGAAUCAGGAAUUCCCAUAAAACAAUUACCACUCUCCAAUCUUAAGGAGCUUUCUAGUGCGACGUGGUCAAAAAUUUAUGCAAAAUCAGUUGACUCUGAUCCCAACACUCAGGAAAUAUUUCCCUUUAAUUCAUCGUCUAAUUUUAAGCCUGAAACUGCAAAUUUUAAACUGCAAAAUGGAAUUGACUCGGGCAUGUAUAUUCGUCCUUCUUACGAACACCUUUAUGAUGACGAAUCCGACCAAGACGAAGUGCAAGAAGAUUCAGAAUUUGAAAUCCCAAGAAAGAGCUCAAAUAUUUCCCAGGUAAGAAAACGGAAGAGAUCGAUUUUUGGAAGCACUUAUGAAAGUGAUAACGGUGAUCGAAUAUCUAGGUCAUCUGGUUCAAGUGUUUCGCCUAAACCAUACGGCUCUUACUUUUCAUAUAAAAGAAUUUCAGGAAAUGAUCUCUUUUCUUGGUCAAGAUCAAAACGUGAAAAGUCCACCCCUGAGCUACUUUUACGUUAUCGUUUAGGAUUGGGCUCAAAUGCUUAUCUCAGACAAUCAACUUCCAUAUGGGAUAUUAAUCAUCGAUUUGUACCUCAAGCAAAUGCUUUAACGGCAAUUGAAAACAGUACAGCUAUUUAUGUUGGACAAUUUAUUGAAGGUGGAAAUUUCUACUAUACAGCCGACCAAAAUUUUGAUCUUAAAAUUUAUAAUACCGGGACUCUUAGUGAUCCUGUGUUAAAAGCAAGUACAGACUUGUCGAGAAUUGGCAACUGGGCCAUUACCGACGUAAGCUACAAUAAACGUUCCAGUAUGUUUGUUGUCACUUCUUUAAGUACUCAGUUGGCAAUUGUGAACUGGGACUUCUUUGAGCCGGACGAAAUAGAAAUAAAUUCUACACCACACGUAUCAUCCGCUAUGCACUCACCCAUUUUUUCUUGUCAUAUUAACGAAAGCGGUGAUACGGUAGUAUUGGGCAUGAAAAGCAAUAAAGUUUUGUUUCGAAAUCUUAAUUAUUUUUCAUGCAAUCAAACAGCUUACAGACACCCAAAUGAAGUUAACUCUGUACGAUUUAUUAAAGCUGAUGGAACAGAAUUUAUAUCAGGAUGCGAUGAUGGAAUUGUUAGACAUUUUGAUACCAGGGUCCCCUCAAAAAAACCUGUCCAUGCCUUAGUUGGUCAUCGAUCAGGAAUAACAUAUGCUGAAGGAAAUAUGCAAGGGAACUAUGUUAUCAGUAAUAGUAAAGAUCAAACCAUCAAGCUCUGGGAUUUACGUUAUAUCACGACUAAGGAAUCAGAUGCUCGAAAUAUUCAAAGAUUUGAUUACCGUGUCCAAGAGUUUACAAACGACAAUAAAGCGAUAAGAGAUUCGUCGGUAAUGACUUACUCUGGACACAAAGUUUACCGCACUUUGAUUCGUUGUUAUUUUUCACCUUCUGAAUCUACAGGAAACCAGUAUAUUUAUUCGGGCUCAUCCGAUGGAUCAGUUUAUAUUUGGCAUAUUGAUGGCUCUCUGGUUUCAGUUCUAGACAACUCCCAAACUGACGAUCUUUUUGUCUCAGGGAACGUUAAUCAAAGUAGACAUCAGCUUCAAAAUGCUUUUGUUCGCGAUGUAUCUUGGAAUCCUCUUUCCCCUGCGAUUUAUGCAUCUAGAGGUCAUGAUGAAGGUGGAGAAGUUUUAUAUAUUCCCUACAAUCAUCGGUACGUGAUUGGAAAUAUGUCGUCUGAUCAAUUUGCUAGAAAAGAAGACGAUGAUUCAGUUAAAGAUGAUGGAAUAUUUGCUGGCCAGUCUUCUCAAUUGUAUCGUGAUAAGAUUCGCGAAAAGGCUCUUCAAGAAAUGGCUGAUCGUCGCAAAAAUUCACACUCUCAUGAACCUCAAAUUGCACUUGCUAAUGAAAUCCUCAACCUACUUCGUGAACAAAGGCGUCAAGAAAGUACUGAUGAUGAUGAUGCUAAUCAGAACGACAGAAAUGAGGGUAGGAAUGAAAAUAGCUUCCGGACCAGAUUUCUUCAUGUUUGGAUGUCUAUGAUGUUGCAAACUGCUGUUCAAAGAACCCCUCGAAUUUUCAGCGCAUCAGAUCUGGAAAAUGAUUUCCAAAAUACUUCAACCCAGGAACAAGAAGAAAAUACCAAUGAAUAUUUAGAACGAGAACAAAUGCAACAACGAAUCAGAUCGCUAUCAGCUUUAGUUCAACACAUUGAUGGUGCUAAUGAAGAUGAAGCCCUGGAUUCACGUGAGGGAAGGGAUACUAGAAGACCCUUGAUAUCUGCAUUUAUUAGAAUCAAUAAUGACGAUGACGAUGAUGACGAUGAUGACGAUGAUGACGAUGAUGACGAUGAUGACGAUGAUGAUGACGAUGAUGACGAUGAUGACGAUGAUGACGAUGAUAACAAUAAUUACGAUGAUAACAAUAAUGACAAUAAUGACAAUAAUGACAAUAAUGACAAUAAUGACAAUAAUGACAAUAAUGACAAUAAUGACAAUAAUGACAAUAAUGACAAUAAUGACAAUAAUGACAAUAAUGACAAUAAUGACAAUAAUGACAAUAAUGACAAUAAUGACAAUAAUGACAAUAAUGACAAUAAUGACAAUAAUGACAAUAAUGACAAUAAUGACAAUAAUGACAAUAAUGACAAUAAUGACAAUAAUGACAAUAAUGACAAUAAUGACAAUAAUGACAAUAAUGACAAUAAUGACAAUAAUGACUAUGGUGAUGAGCAAGGAAACGGUGUCGUUUAUAUGUGCCUUUCGUAUAGAUGA